GGGCAAAAGCAAAAGGCUGGCGGGGGCUGCGACUGGCACAAACAGGGCCUCUUAUUAUAGGCCCAUCUCCAUCAUCACCAUCAUCACAUUUCCCAUGAACUUUUUGAAUCCCUCCAUUCCUUUUUCCACUAAUUUUUAACUUCCCAAUUCCCACUCUCUUUAUCGGAAGUUGCGACUCUCUUGAUUUCUUUACCACCUCCGUCGUCGAUCUGUAAAGCGUCUGAGGAGAUGGGUUAGGGGUUUUAGGAUCGAUUCGGAUGAGAUUUCAUUGGGAUUUUGAUUUUGAGGGCUCCAUGGUGAGCGGCGGGAAGAUUCAAUGGCGGAGACCUUUUGGAGAGGUUUUAGAAUCAAUGGUGGUUUUAGUUGCAGAAGCCAUUAUCGGAAAGUGAAUCGGAAACGGAAUCGGAAUCGGAAUCGGAAUCAGCAGUCCAUUCAAGCUGGAAGAGGGGUAUCUCAAGGGUCUGAGUCUGGAUCCAGAUCAUCAUCGUCGCCGUCAUCAUCAUCUUCUUCUUCAUCGGCGGUACCGGAGUCGGGUUAUAACGUUCGGUAAAGCAGGGGAAGAAGAUAAAGAAGAAGAUGAGCGGAACCUUCAGUUUUUAUAUGCGAGUUUAGACUCACGAGAAACCAAGAAGCGUCCCUGUUCUCCUCCGGUGUUGGAUUCAUCUCCCGCCGGGUGGAGCUUCCAAGAUGAAGGAAGAAUGGGGGAGUUCUGGAAUCAACGGCCUGGUAAAUCACCGAAACCGGGAGUAAGAAGCAGAGGCGGUGGCGGUGGCGGUGUAAGCGAAAUCGUGGAGGUUCAAGGAGGUCGUAUUGUUCGUUCGAUUGGAAGGAAAGACCGUCACAGUAAAGUUUGCACGGCGAAAGGCACGAGGGACCGUCGUGUUAGACUUUCUGCUCAUACUGCUAUCGAGUUCUACGACGUGCAGGACCGCCUUGGCUACGACCGGCCGAGCAAGGCCGUCGACUGGCUGAUCAAGAAGGCGAAACCCGCCAUAGACAAGCUUCCAGAGCUUCCUGGAUGGAAUCCAAAUGUUUUGGAUACGAACACAGGAAAAUCGGCAACGCACGAGGAGAAGAAGAACAGUGAAUACAAGAUUCCGGUUGCUAAUCACCCGCCGGAGGGGAGUAUCACGAGAAACAGUUAUCGGAGAGCGAAUUUCGUGUUCGGCAACGGUGGAAUUUCGGAAUGUACAAUGCAGAAUUUGGAGAAGACUUCAACAGAGGAAAACCCUAAUAGCGAUAACUCCUGUUUUCUACCGCCAUCUUUCAAUUCGGAUUCGAUCGUCGAUAGCUUCAAAUCGUUUAUACCGAUGACCACGACGGCAGCAGCAGGGACGCCGUCGUCGAUUUUCGAGUUCGACACGUUCCCGCCGGAUUUACAAUCCAGAACCAGUAGCCGAUCGCAAGAUCUACGGCUUUCCUUACAGUCUCUUAAAGCCCCAAAUUCAAAUCUCGAAUCGGAAGGAACUCAGCAUCCAAUUCCUCAAAAUCAUCAAAACGACCAUUCAUUUUUCUCUGGAACAACAUCAUUAUAUGGCUUCGAUGAAUGGUCGGAGCAGCAACCUCAAUCGGCAUUGGAAAUCAACCGAUUCCAGAGGAUAAUGCAUCGGAACACGGUGAGUGCCGAUCAUAGUAGCGGCGGAUACGGCGGAGACGCCGGAGAUGGAGGUGUGAAUGGAGAAUUCUUCUACAACUCGCAGGUAACAACCUCGAAUUUUCCGCCGGCGUCGCCAUGUCUGCAACCGCUGUUUGGAGAUAACCAAUUGGUUUCUCAGAGGGGACCCCUUCAGUCCAGUUACACGCCCUCGAUUCGCGCUUGGAUAGACCCAUCAAUCACCUUCGUCGACAAUCAACAACAUCAUGUAACUCCACAGUCGAUGAACCCAUCUUCAUUUCCUGGUCUUGGAUUCGCCUACGGCGGAUUCUCCAGAUUUGUAAUUCCGGCGCUGAUCCCGGGUGAAGAGGAACACGAUGGCAUGUCUGAAAAGCCAUCCUCUGCUUCCUCCAACUCCCGCCAUUGUUAAACAAAACUGCUCAAAUCCCUCUAUCCAUUUCUGCUUGUGAAGUAAUAAAGUCAGUUAAAGCUGCUGGCUGGGUUGUUUGCAGGGAGCAGGAUCUGGGUGUGCUUCUCUAAUUCAUAGCUUUGUUCAUGGUAAACAAUGGUGGGUGUAUUUUAAUGGCGGAGAAUUUACGUUUCCUAAGAUUGUACAACAUUUUCCAGUUCUUGUUCUGGCAGCUUUUUUCCCUUGUGUUUCAUGAUGAUAAUAAUAAAUA